AUGCACUUUAGACAGUGACCACAAUGUCAAGCAGACACGAUGGAAGAAGGCGCGAGCGUAGCUGGGAAAGAGAUGACAGGGAUCGUGAACGGGGUAAGGAUCGCCAUCCACGAGGCAACAGAGCUGGAGGUCAAAGGGAUGGUGGUCGUAAACGAGGCAGUAGGUCCCGUAGUCCAAGGAGGGACAGGAGAGAUCACGACAGGGAUUACAGAGAUCGAGACUAUAAAAGCUCGCGAAGAGAAGACCACGACCGAGACAGCCGCCGAGACGAUAGACGGCCUGAAAGACGUGAUGAAAGGCGCGAGCCUCCGACUCGAGACAAGGAGCCAAGACACAAGGACCCCCAAAAUCAGCGCGACCAUCGACAACAAGUUGGCAGGCAUGAUUCUGAGAGGGUUUUAGAAAAGCCUUCACAAGCUAGAACUCCACCACCAGUCCCAUCUGCUGAUGCUGGUCCCUCCUCUUCUCAAAAGAGACCGAACCUUGAUCCAGAUGCCCUAUCUGAAGAAGAAGGGGAGGCCAUGGAUGCCGCCAACGCCGAUGAAGAGGCUAUGAUGGCUGCAAUGGGACUCCAAGGUUUUGGCACCACGAAGGGAAAGCACGUCGAGGGAAAUCAAGAAGGCUUUGUCGAUAUCAAGAAGACCAGGACAUGGCGUCAGUACAUGAAUCGCCGUGGAGGCUUCAACCGGCCACUAGAUAAAGUCAAGUGAGUAGCUCAGCUCCAGCCCGCCUCAAGAUAAUUUGCAUUUCCUCCCUUGUGAGAGACAGCUUUACUUCGAUGCAGUAUGUUCUCAGAUAUUGCUUCAUCUUUCCUG